UCUUUUGAAUAUGUGUCUCCUUCUCGUACAUUGACUUUUCUUUGUGGCAUGAAAUGACUUGACAAAAGAAAAGAUUCAAAGAAGCUGACAUGGAAUCCACGUAAACUCAGAAGGACCCACUCAAACAACCCCCCCCCACCCGCCACCCCGCAUCUAGAAACCGACAACAGAAGUUCGUUGCUGACAAUGUAGACGGUAGUUCAAAGUUCAGCCUCAGCCAAUGAUUUCAUCUCCUUCAAUAUGUAAAUCAUACAAUUCACCGGCAAAUCUUUCUAAAAUUAAUCAUUGCCCAAAAAGAAAAAUUGAAACACAGAACUGAUUUGUCAAAAUACAGUGCACAAAAAGAUUGUUUCCCAUCUCUGCAAAUUCUUGCUUUAAGGCCCUUCAACUUCCUUUUUCAAUCUUAAUUCCUUUUUGUUCUUUCAUUUUUCAACCAAUAAUUUCCAACCCAGAAUAAAUUUUUCAAUUUUGCUGAGUUUUUAAAUUUCCCGUGGUCGAAAAAGCUUAUGAUUUUGAUGAGGAGAUAUGUCAGAUCAAAAUAAUCAUAACGCAACAGGUUUACCAACACCAACAGCACCUUCGGGCACGGUAGACACGGAGAGCCAAACUCCGGCCACCGAAAAUAAGGAGAGGCAGACCCGGGCGUCCGAUAGCGGGGUAAGAAACAUCAUCGAGAGAUGGAAGAGAGAAGAUAUGCUGAAGAAGGGUUGUUUGGGCUUACGUGGUAUUGCUUUGAUUUUCUCAUUGCUUGCUUUAAUAAUCAUGGCUAGCAACAAGCAUGGUGAUUGGAGAGAUUUUGAUAAAUAUGAAGAAUAUAGGUAUGUGCUAGCUAUAGCAAUUCUGUCCACAUUGUCCACAGGAUUGUUAGUGCUGAGACAAGUUUAUGAACUUUCAACUAACCAGGAAACAUUUUCGCAACAGAAUUUAGCUUUGAUAGAAUUUUUUGGUGAUCAGUUGAUGGCAUACUUGUUACUAUCAGCUGCUUCAUCUGCUGUACCAUUGACAAAUAGGAUGAGAGAAAAUAACGACAACAUAUUCACAGAUUCUUCAGCAUCAUCAAUCGGCAUGGAGUUCGUAGCAUUUCUGGCUCUGGGAGUGUCAGCUAUCAUUUCUGGAUAUAGACUUUCAAAGCAAACCUACAUCUGAUAAGAUAAUAAAACCCAUUGUUUCAUUGAUAAUUCUUUUAUUCUUUACAUUUUCUCCAUUUGUUACAAAACCACGACAUUCUUCGGUUGUAUAUCAUUUGUGUCUAAGCAAGAAAUUUAAGACAUUCACUGUUUUCUUGAACCCUAUAUGGAAGAAAUCACAGUACAAAUUUAUUUGUUUGU